AUGUAAAAGUGAUUGAUAGCGUUACACCAAACACCACCAACGCUGAAAGUGUUGAUGUAUGAGCAGGAGCGCGGUGAUCGAAGCUACACUGUCCCACUGUAGGGGUUCAUCGGAGAAUCAGGAACCCUAGCUCAAAUCCAUAGCGAUGUUUUAACUCAAAUUAAGGUCAGUUGCAGUGAUGAUCAACAAAGAAGACGGAGACAAAAGCUGCCGAAUGACUGCUACUGUUAAAUACAUAUCAUCCGCCUUCAAUUCAUAAAUUACUCAUCAACAUCGUUGUUAACCUUUAAAUUCCGACACUACCGGACACCGAACCGAUCAACGAUGACAAGUGAACCGAUGGACACUACAGAAACAGAGAAUGUUUCUGAAUUUACACUCGCCGAGAUCCUGGAAAUGGAAAACUUAUACAGGAAACGGGGUAAAGAAGUACAACAACAGGAGUUCUGUGAAGAACUUGCAACCAAAUUCAGUUGCUCGGGUAAUAGAGAUGGGAAAUCUAGCAUAACAUGGGACCAAGUACACACCUGGUUCCUUGAUAGACAAUUAUUUUCAGCUGUUAAGAGUAAAACUCCAGUGGCUCAUUCAAAUGAAGUGACAAAGCAGCCUGCAAUCAUAAACUCUUCUCCAAAUGCUCUAAAAAAUCUUGUGGCCUUGUCAAAAGCAUGGGCUGCAUCUGAAAAACCUAAAACACCCAAAGCUCAAAGAGUUGCAGAACUUUCAGAUUUGAUUUUUGAAGCCUUGUCAGCAAAGGAUUGUGCUUGGUAUGAUGUUGCUGCUUUCACUAAUUUCAGAGUUCUUUACCAUGGCGAGCUCGAAGUUCGUGUGAGAUUUUCUGGUUUUAGUCAUGAUCAAGAUGAGUGGGUGAAUGUAAGAAAGGGACUUCGUGAGAGGUCAAUACCCUUGGUUCCUUCAGAAUGUCACAAAGUCAAAGUUGGUGAUCUUUUGCUAUGCUUCAGGGCAAAUGAAGAUCAUGCACUUUAUUCCGAUGCACAACUCCUACGUGUUGAAAGGCAGCUGCAUGAUACAGAUAGUUGCACAUGUGCCUUUCUGGUUCGCUUUGAGUACGAUAAUGCCGAGGUGGAAGUUCAUUGCAGCGAGAUUUGUCGCAGGCCAUCAUGAAGAGGUUACUUUGGUUGGCAGACAUUAUUAUGUUGUCAUGAAACUUGAUGUUAAUGAUUUGGAUUACAUUGUGUGGUUAAUUGGUUGUUGUGACUUUUAAGUAUUGAGAUAAUUUAUUAUAUGGAUUUUUAAUAUUAAUAUUUUU